AGAUAAAUAAUUGAGAUUGAACUUAAUCGAUUAAUUGCAUGGUGUGUGUGUCCACGCCACAUUGCCAACAGUGGCGUCCCGAGACUUUUGUCCACGCAUGACACUGCAUUGUCUUGUCACACGUGUCAGGAUGCAAGCAGGAAAAGGCGGAAUAGACGCAUAAUUAGAUUGUUUAGAUGAUGGAAACGGGUGUAGGAGGGAGAGAGAGAGAGGGGUGGACAAAGGGGGACACUAGACAUGAUCGUCUUCUCUGUGCGGGGAGCUGACUUGAGUCUUAUGUUUUCCUCCCAGUGCGCAUGCGUGAUCCCAUCUGAGCCUCGGAAAGAGCCGCUAAGUUGCAAGUGGAGGUCGUGUUGCGCGCUGCUGCAUACGUUGUGUCUUCUCAUUUUGAUUAUUUGGUAGGCAUCAGGACCGAGAGAGAUGGCGCUUGUACCGCCCAGCGGCGCCACCGAGCCGAGCCUACCUUCAACCUGUGGAUAAAGAAGUGUGGACCAGCGUGGGUUUCGGCGCCGGUCCGCUCGACCCAAACAAAAGAAUUAAAAAAAGAAGAAGCAGUGAGCCAGACCUUCAGUUUAUGAAUGGCCCUGACAUGGAGGAAGUACCGUUUCAGAAAGUCCGAAGCAGGAGGAAGAGAAGUCACUGUCCUCCGGGCUUCCCCGUGAGGAGCAUCGCCUGCGAGGACGAGUUCGACUGCAAGGAGCUUGAGUCUCUCUUCCAGAACUACAACCUGAAGCUGGAGCAGACCUCCACUCUGAAAGCCCUGGCAGUGCUCAUCUUCCUGUCGUCCACGCUGGCUGGCGUGGAACUGCUGUCCGGCCCCAGCCUCACCAUCUCCAAGGGUUCCCACCCGGUGCACUGUGUCAUCUUCACCUCCUUGUUCAUCGUCACCAACGUCAAGUACCUGCAGGUCACUCAGCUCCAGCAGAUCGUCAACCUGACCCUCCUCUUCGGAUUCACCUUCUCCUUCCUGUGCUGCCCCUUCUCCCUGGGAGCCAUGGGGUUGGAGCCGCCGACGUCCCCCGACCAGGGCGUGUGGCAGCUCAUCCUGGUUACCUUCGUCGCAUAUGCGCUCCUUCCCGUCCGGACGCUCCUGGCUGUGGUCUUUGGGCUGAUGGUGUCUGUCUCCCACCUGAUUGUGACCGCCACAUCAGUCACGGUGAAAACACAGAAACUAUGGCGGACGCUGGUUGCCAACACAGUGCUGUUCACCAGUGUCAACCUGUCGGGCCUGUUUGUGCGCAUCCUGACAGAGCGAGCACAGAGGAAGGCCUUCCUGCAGGCUCGCAACUGCAUAGAGGACAGACUCCGCAUGGAGGACGAGAAUGAGAAACAGGAGCGCCUCCUCAUGAGUCUGUUGCCCAGGAAUGUAGCUAUGGAGAUGAAGGAGGACUUCCUGAAGCCUCCUGAAAGGAUCUUUCACAAAAUCUACAUCCAGCGGCAUGAUAAUGUUAGCAUCCUGUUUGCAGAUAUCGUAGGCUUCACCAGCUUGGCCUCCCAGUGCACCGCCCAGGAAUUGGUUAAACUCCUGAAUGAGCUGUUUGGAAAGUUUGAUGAGCUUGCCACGGAAAACCACUGUCGCAGGAUCAAGAUUCUGGGGGAUUGUUACUACUGCGUUUCUGGACUGACCCAGCCAAAGACUGACCACGCACACUGCUGUGUUGAAAUGGGUCUGGACAUGAUUGACACAAUAACGUCAGUGGCAGAGGCCACAGAAGUCAAUCUGAACAUGCGUGUGGGCCUCCAUACAGGCCGGGUGCUGUGUGGAGUGCUGGGCCUCAGGAAAUGGCAGUAUGACGUUUGGUCAAAUGAUGUGACCCUCGCCAAUGUGAUGGAGGCUGGCGGUCUACCUGGAAAAGUCCACAUCACCAGAUCUACACUAGAGUGCCUGAAUGGAGACUACGAGGUGGAGCCUGGAAAUGGUCACGAGCGCAACGCCUUCCUCCAAAAACACGAGAUUGAAACUUUCUUCAUAGUGCCAUCACACCGACGGAAGAUAUUCCCUGGAUUGAUUCUUUCGGAUAUAAAGCCAGCCAAAAAGAUGAAGUUCAAAACGGUGUGCUACUUACUGGUGCAACUCAUGCACUGCAGGAAGAUGUUCAAGGCGGAGAUUCCCUUCUCUAAUGUCAUGAACUGCGAGGAUGGCGAUAAGCGAAGAGCCAUGAGGACGGCUCCCCAGAAACUGAGGAAUCGCUCCAAUACCAACCAGGCAAACGUGAUCCAAAGCAGCCCCAGAACGCGGGUCAACCGCUACAUCGGCCGCCUGAUCGAGGCCCGUCAGACCGAGUCUGACACAGCUGACCUUAACUUCCUCACUCUCAUGUACAAGUGCUCGGAGCGUGAGCAAAAGUACCACCAAGUUCCAGAUGAGUACUUCACCAGCGCAGUGGUCUUGUCUCUGAUCCUUGCUGCCUUGUGUGGCCUUGUCUAUCUUCUUAUCAUACCACAGGGCACGGUGGUACUGGUGCUUCUUGUUUUCUGCAUCUGUUUCCUGGUAGCGUGUAUCAUGUACCUGCAUAUCACUAGAGUCCAGUGUUUUCCAGGGUGCCUGUCCAUUCAGAUCCGCACUGCUCUCUGCAUCUUCAUAGUGCUCUUAAUCUACGCUGUGGCCCAGGCCUGUGUGGUGGGCUGCAUGCCCUGGUUGUGGGGCGGUGCCAACAUCAACACCUCCAUUGUCAUUAUUGAUGUGGACAGCAGCGCCAACCACACCGUGGCCGAGCUGCCUUGCGACGGUGCCCAUUACGCCUUCCUGUCAUGCGUGGUGGGCACACUUACCCUGGCGCUCUUCCUACGCGUCUCCUGGAUGCCAAAGAUGGUACUCAUGCUCCUCCUGGGGGUGUUGUACGUCACCGUGUUGGAGCUCAGCGGAUUUCGCAAGACCGCCGGUGGGGGGUCUUUCCACAUCCGGGGCUACGAGCCCAUCCUGUCUCUGUUGCUCUUCGUCAGUGCCCUGGCCCUCCACUCCCGACAGCUUGACCUCAAACUGCGCUUGGACUUCCUGUGGGCUGUGCAGGCCGAGGAGGAACGGGAUGGCAUGGAAAAAGUCAAACUGGAUAACCGCAGGAUCCUGUUCAAUCUGUUGCCAGCACACGUGGCGCAACACUUCCUGCUGUCCAACCCCAGGAACAUGGUGAGCCUCGCUCAUAGACAGGCAGACACACACAAAGACCAUCAGGAUCUGUACUACCAGUCCUACGCACAAGUGGGCGUGCUCUUUGCCUCCAUCCCAAACUUCAAUGACUUCUACAUCGAAUUGGAUGGCAACAACAUGGGAGUGGAGUGCUUGAGACUGCUGAAUGAGAUCAUUGCUGACUUUGAUGAGCUGAUGGAUAAGGAGUGCUACAGAGACAUUGAGAAGAUCAAGACCAUAGGCAGUACCUACAUGGCAGCUGUGGGCCUCGUCCCUACCAUAGGAACCAAGGCCAAAAAGUCAAUUUCCGACCACUUGAGCAUCAUAGCAGACUACGCCAUUGAGAUGUUUGACGUUCUGGAUGAAAUCAACUAUCAGUCUUACAACGAGUUUGUCCUGCGAGUGGGGAUCAAUGUGGGUCCUGUGGUGGCAGGUGUCAUUGGUGCACGGCGACCCCAGUAUGACAUCUGGGGGAACACAGUCAAUGUGGCCAGUCGUAUGGACAGCACUGGAGUACCUGGGAAGAUACAGGUAACGGAAGACGUCUACCGCCUGCUGAAUUCCGACUAUGAUCUGGUGUGCCGUGGCAAAGUGAGUGUGAAGGGCAAAGGGGAGAUGCUGACCUACUUCCUGGAAGGCAAGGUGCAGGGCGUGGGUACGGCCACCACAUCUUCCGUUGUGCGCUCGGCCAGCCUGGCGCGCCGCAUCCACUCAUGCGGAAAGACCAGUGUGCCCAUCAACAUGGGCAGCGUCUCCCCGGCUUCCACCCAGGUGAACGCCGCCAACAGCCAGCCGACAUGCCUGCCCUCUUCCCGCGUGCCUGCACUGGGUGAGGAGGAGGAUGAAGAGGCUAUGGAAGUGAUUGAGAUCGAGGCGGAUGUUGCAGUGUAGACACAAACAUGAAGGUGAGGGUAAGAAAAGCCUCGAUGGAGGAGACUUUCCUAGCCAGCGGCCACGUUCAGUCAGGAAAUGAGCCAUCACAUAUGGCGAUGUGAUUCAGACAAUCAUACAAUCAUUUUUAGGGAGCUGCUUGCCAGCCUUCACCUCCACGUACAAUGUGCAUCACUUCAGAGGACAUAUUCUAUAUAUUGAUCACGGGACUGAUCAUGCUACUGCUUUUGCACUGUCUUUCUAAUGAUGCCAAGGAUGCAUUGCAUUAUUUACACAUGUCACAUGGUGUUUCUUUUCUGGUGCGCCUCAGCAUGCAUGUGUGUACUUGUGAGUGUGUAUGCAAGUGUGUGGUGAUGGUGUUGUAUGACACAGCAGCGCAACAUCUUAUUGUAAAAUAGACAAGCUCCCCUUGAAAGAAACCAAAGUUAAUGAUCUCUUCAAGGAAUAUUUGUGAUGUUUGCCUCCGUUUGCCAUCCACCCUCAGAUUAACUAAAACGUGUUUUGGGUUUUUUUCAGAGAUAAGUACAGUGGAACUUCUAAAGUUGAAUGCGUGUUAUUUGUUUUGAAUUGUAACUCUUUCCCGCAGGGAAUAACAGGAAUGUAAAUAAUCAGUUUCAGAGUCAAACUGUAACCAUCAUAAAAUCUUUUUUCUUAAACUUUGAACCCUGUGGCUUAUACAGCGGUGUGGCUUUAUUUAUAGCUAUUCUCUCGUGUAAUCGCUUAAAUACAAGUCAGUGAGGAAAUGGUAUCGCUUUCUUUGGCAGGAACCAAUCACAAGCUAUAAGUGAAGUCACAACAAGCUCGCCAACCAACUGGAAAUCACAGGAGAUCAUUAUUCAAUAUAACAGUCUGACUCACUGUCACCACAGAAGGCUAAACUCAUCACACAGCAACUUAACAAUCAAUUCCCAUAGUAGAUUUCAUCCCAGCAAAACAUUUAAUUGGUUAUGGCUACUCGGGCGCUGCAAUUCUGCCUGUGGGAGCCAGAGGAGCCCAAAGCCCAGAGAGAGGCUGACAUCAUUGCAGUAAUCUUACUUCUCUUAACAUCCCUUGUUAAGGCUAAUGGGUUUUUUUUUUUUUUUGACAAAAAAAUGCACUAAGAAUGAAUUAUGUGACUCUCAGCUGAGGUGCCAAAUGAUAUGAGGGUGUUUAAUUAAAGUUACAAAAUGUUACAUUUAAAUUUCAGCAAAAACGUAACCAUUGUUAAUAUUAAAAUGUAAAUCUCGAUUUCAACAUUUACUGCAAAGGUGAUUCACAUUGCAGCUCAUGUUUUUAACAUCAAUUGUUAUUAGGUGUGUCACGAAACACAGACAAGUUUAACAGAGGAUAAAAUUCAUUCAUUCAUUCAUUUUCUACCGCUUUUCCUCACGAGGGUCGCGGGGGGUGCUGGAGCCUAUCCCAGCUGUCUUCGGGCGUAAGGCGGGGUACACCCUAGACUGGUCACCAGCCAAUCACAGGGCACAUAUAGACAAACAACCAUUCACACUCACAUUCAUACCUAUGGACAAUUUGGAGUCGCCAAUUAACCUAGCAUGUUUUUGGAAUGUGGGAGGAAACCGGAGUACCCGGAGAAAACCCACGCAUGCACGGGGAGAACAUGCAAACUCCACACAGAGAUGCCCAUGGGUGGGAUUGAACCCUGGUCUCCUAGCUGUGAGGUCUGUGCGCUAACCCCUAGACCACCGUGCCGCCGAGGAUAAAAUUAUUUCAGAAAAUAUUGUAUAUGACAAUAUAUUUCUAUGUACUAAUUUAUUUUCUACUACAUUAUUUCUAAUGUACACCAAGACAACAAGACUGUAUGACAGACAAAAGGGCUCACUCCAUUCAUGCCAUUGUUCUAUGGAACAAACACACCAAGGUGCUGAAAGCAACAAACACCCUUCCUGCCUGUUUGAAGGCACUACCUGUUUGUCCCCCACAGACACACCUGCACAUGGCAAUAUACUGAAGCCGGCAAAUUAUCAUUCAUUUUAAUGUAUUGUGUGAUAAAUUAAUUGAUUUAUUAUUAUUCCAGGCAUCGUGCCCACGAAUGGGACGCCUUUUAAUUGAGAACCACUGCCUUACAUCAACUUCUUCUGCUCUUGUUGAGGCUUUUGUGGUAAAUAAACCCCCAAAAGGCAAAUGAAAAAACAACUACGUACAGAAGGAAUGAUUUGAUGCUCAGCUGAUAUGCUAGCAAUCCAAUGUUGACGUUUUGCCAAACUUUAGAGCACAUGUUCCUGAAAAUCUUUGAUGGAAUUCCAAAAUGCACCAUCUCAGGGUUUUUGGACUUUAGAGGUUCCACUGUAUGUUGUCACCACUCCCCCUGUGGCCAAGCCACAUGUCUGAUUUCUUGUGUGAAGGAGAUGCGCAUGUAUACAAAAUAGAUGAAUCUGGUCUUUGCUGCUAUGGAAAUGUUAUUUGCAGUCAUAAGGUGGAGUGUUAACACUCCAUACAUACCUGCGUAGAGUAUUACAUAGACAGUAUUAAAGCACACACACUUUGCACAACGCAAAUUUACUUUACAACACAGAAACUUGGUGCAAUGUUUGGCACACAUUCCUACUAUCUACACCGUAUAGUUGUAUCUUUACUAUAUUAUUAUCUGCAUAAUUUUUUUUUUUACUUGAGCUGCAAACGUCCUGUUUCUGCCUUACUCUAUAAGCUUACAGUGUUUGCGACCUGCUUUUUUACAGUAGAUAUAUUCACUUUAAUAUGCAGGUCAUAUUUUUUUUUGUAAAUAGCCAAAAAGCAAACAUGUAAACUUUGUGGAAACUUGUACAGUGUAAAGUUGGUUUAUUGAAUAUUUUGUAAUAAAGACAAUAUUGGUGUA